UUUCAAGCAAACCCUGUAACCAUCACCAUCAUCAUCAUGGUCAUCAUUAAUUGCCUCCCCAUGAAGCUUCUUUCUAAUCUUUCUGCUUUAUAAACCCUUAUUCCCUUGUGUAGAUAUGAGAGAAGCAGCAGAAGAAUGAGGAAGCCAGAACUGUGCAGUGGUAAAGACAGCAACAAGUUCAGAAAGGGAUUGUGGUCGCCAGAAGAAGAUGAGAAACUCAUGAACUACAUGCUCAACAAUGGACAAGGUUGUUGGAGCGACGUCGCAAGAAAUGCUGGCCUCCAAAGGUGUGGCAAAAGUUGUCGCCUACGAUGGAUCAAUUACUUGAGGCCUGAUCUCAAGAGAGGUGCAUUCUCACCCCAAGAAGAGGAACUCAUCAUCCACUUCCAUUCCUUUCUCGGAAACAGAUGGUCUCAAAUAGCGGCGCGUUUGCCUGGGAGAACCGACAACGAGAUAAAAAACUUUUGGAAUUCAACGAUAAAGAAAAGACUCAAGAACAUGUCGUCUACGACCUCACCAAAUGCUAGUGAGACCUCAUCUGAACCAAGUAAUAAAGACCUCAACAUGGGAGGGUUUAUACCUACACAACAUCAUCAUCAUCAUCAUCAGCAUGCAAACUUUGUGCCUGUGUUUGGUUCAUCUCCAUCACAAUCAAUGCAAACCACAGUUUUCAAUACAAUGAUCGACAGGUUGGAUCAUGAACUAAACAUGCCACAUAAUGUUGGUGAAUACUUGGAAGGCACAGGGCCAUGCUUUUCUCAAAGUGAAGCUCACAACAAAGGUUCUUAUUCAGAAAACGGAGUGUUUGGGAGUGAUAUCUUUGUUCCUCCCCUUGAGAAUCUAAACACCAGUAUCAAUCAUAACACGUGCAAGAGAGAAACUAACAGCAGUUACUUCGAUGACAUAAAUAGUAUCCUUAACAACUGCAACAUUGGUAAUGGCAUAGCUAGUGAAAAUAAGGAAGGAGUGGAGAAUUUGUUUCAGCAUGAUGCAGAAUGGGACUUUGAGGAGUUGAUGAAAGAUGUUUCCUCCUUUCCGUUUGUUGAUUUUUCAUUCUGAUUUUGAACUUUUCUGGGGAUUCCAUAUGAUCCUUAUUUCGCACACUGAAUUCUUGUAUUAUAUAUACACUGCUAUUUUUUGCCGAAUUCAGAAGUUAACAAACAGGUAUUGCAGGUUAUACAUUAUAAAAAGGAUGUGAAUAGAUUAUACAUUAUUUUCUUUUCUUGUUUAAACUUCUUUUGCAGAUAUACACA